AUGGCCCCUUCUGGAACAACAACAAAGAAAACAUCAGGAAGAACAAGAACAAGAACAAGACAACCUAGAAGAACAUGCUGCAAGAAGAACAAAAAACAAGAAGUGAUUAAGGUUAACAAGGCUUUGCCUUCUAGCUGUGAGACAAAAAGCUUACAAGAAUCUUCAAAGGAAGAAAUUUCUGAGGUAAUUGAUGUUUCUGUUAGUAACAGUGCAUGUUCUACACCAAAGGGUCAGAAAUUUAGGAUACCUGAGAUUUCAACAUGUCCACCAGCACCAAAGAAACAAAGGGUAGUUUCAAAUUGUUCUUUGAGAAGGUCACCACUUUCAUUCUUUGUACCUCCUGACUUGGAUAACUUUUUCUUGGUCACACUUCCUGAUGUUUCUGUUUGA